AUGUCUCAAAAAAUCCGUGGCGGUUCAGUGGUGGAGAUGCAAGGAGAUGAAAUGACACGAAUCAUUUGGGAGUUGAUUAAAGAAAAACUCAUCUUUCCUUAUGUGGACCUGGACCUGCACAGCUAUGACUUAGGCAUAGAGAACCGUGAUGCCACCAACGACCAGGUGACCAAGGACGCCGCGGAAGCUGUAAAGAAGUACAGCGUUGGCAUCAAGUGUGCCACCAUCACCCCCGACGAGAAGAGGGUUGAGGAGUUCAAGUUGAAGCAGAUGUGGAAGUCGCCCAACGGCACCAUCCGGAACAUUCUGGGCGGCACUGUCUUCAGGGAGGCGAUCAUCUGCAAAAACAUCCCCCGGCUCGUGAGCGGGUGGGUGAAGCCCAUCAUCAUCGGCCGCCAUGCGUACGGGGACCAGUACAGAGCAACUGAUUUUGUUGUUCCCGGGCCUGGGAAAGUAGAGAUAACCUACACGCCAAGCGAUGGAUCCCAAAAACAGACAUACGUGGUACAUAACUUUGAAGAUGGUGGUGGUGUUGCCAUGGGGAUGUACAAUCAAGAUAAGUCAAUCAAAGAGUUUGCACACAGUUCUUUCCAGAUGGCUUUGUCCAAGAGUUGGCCUUUGUACCUGAGCACCAAAAACACUAUUCUGAAGAAAUACGAUGGCCGUUUCAAAGACAUCUUUCAGGAGAUCUAUGACAAGGAGUACAAAGCCCAGUUUGAGGCCCAGAAGAUCUGGUACGAGCACAGGCUCAUCGAUGACAUGGUCGCCCAAGCCAUGAAGUCGGAGGGCGGCUUCAUCUGGGCCUGUAAGAACUACGACGGCGACGUGCAGUCCGACUCCGUGGCCCAAGGCUACGGCUCCCUCGGCAUGAUGACCAGCGUGCUGAUCUGUCCGGACGGCAAGACGGUGGAAGCGGAGGCUGCCCACGGGACUGUGACACGCCACUACCGCAUGCACCAGAAGGGGCAGGAGACCUCUACCAAUCCCAUCGCUUCCAUUUUUGCCUGGACCAGGGGGCUAGCUCACAGAGCUAAGCUGGAUAACAACAAGGAGCUCGGCAUCUUUGCAAAGGCUUUGGAAGACGUCUGUGUGGAGACCAUCGAGGCUGGCUUCAUGACCAAGGACCUGGCUGCCUGUAUUAAAGGUUUACCCAACGUGCAACGUUCUGACUACUUGAAUACGUUUGAGUUCAUGGACAAACUCGGAGAAAACUUGAAGAUAAAACUAGCUCAGGCCAAGCUUUAA